AUGUCUCCGGUGCUAAGCAUUGUCCCCAUCCCCAUCCACUCCGCAAAACCACGCGCCGUGACCAUCACGGGCGGCGCCCGGACUAUCAGCGACCUACCUGACGAGAUCCUUAUCAGUAUCCUCUCAAUGCUUCCUGCGCAGCGCGAUCAAUGCGCCAUGUGUCUUGUCAGCCGGCGCAUGAAUAUGGUCGCGGACCCGGUCCUGUACAAGAACAUCCUCUUCGACCAGCCGCACCACCACCUAACGUUUUCGGAAUCGCUGCUUACGAGACCAAGGAGGGGCAGUUUGAUUGAGAGUAUCCGCGUCGAUUAUCCUAGUUCCGAACUGUCUGAUUUUAUGCAUGUUCAUCAUAGCCCCAUCUCGAAUCGCAUUGUCGAUCCUUUUUCACGGACUAUUUCGACGAUGAGUAAUUUGGAGCAUCUCAAGGUCUCGGUGCCACAGUCGUUGUGUAAGGGGAUUGGAGCGUUGUUUGAUGGGCCGUUUGAUUUGGCAUGUUUGAAGUCAUGUUCUUUGUUCUACCAGUGUGACGAUGGCGGGUACUGGGAUCUUCAAGACAACAUCCAAGUCUUCAGUCACCCGACGCUAGAAUCUCUCACCAUUCGCAGAGCUAGGCUCGAUGAGCGCGGCUUCGAUAGUCUUGAGAAGCCUUCUGAAACUGAACUAAAAGUGCUUCAUCUCAUCGAAUGUGACAUCAACGACGACGCUCUAUCAGACAUCUUGCUCCACCCAGAAGCACUGAAAGAAAUAUCCAUCACACAACUGGAGAAACCACAUCCACCCCUUGAGGAGAGCCCCGAUAACAUAGAAGAUUAUAUCCUCGCCCUGCCCCAGCACUCCCUCGAAAGCAUCAUCAUCGACUUCCCAUCCCUCCGCGGAAAAAGCGCAUUACGGAUGCGAGAAUUUGAAGCACUUAAAACCCUCGAGCUCCGGGACUAUCAGCUAUUCGGCGAAGACUCGCCGCGUCUUCAUUCGGUCGGAUUCCCGCCCAAUCUGGAAAUGUUGACGUUCUUGAAUCGCGUCGGUCAGGAUGAAGAAAUUGCAGAGCUUUUGGCGUAUACGAUUGAGAAUAAGAUGAUUAUCGCGAGGAGCUUGCAGUAUAUAGUUGUUGCGAAUGAAGAGCAUGACCUCCCGGAGGUGAUUCAGGAGGCAUGUUCGAAGACCGGAUUUGAGCUUCAGUUUGGAUAA